AGCGAACACCGUCCAUUAACCGCGACAUCGGGAGGGAGCCGCGGCAGCAGGACGCAUCAAUUGGGGGUCCUUCGUUUGUCCGUACAGCCUCAGCGAGCGGAACCCGGAGGCCAAGGCAUGGGCGCGCCGCUGUGUCUGCUCCCGCCCGCCCCGCCGUGCUGCUCCUGCGGCGCUGGACUCGCUGGCCCGCUCAAGCUCACGGCCGCGCCUUCGUCGUCCCCCUCCGCGACGCGGUUGCGGUUCUCGGGCAGCCGUCGGAGGCGCGCCGGCGUGGCGCGGUCCGGCGGCGGCGGGGGCGGGGGCGACGGGGAGUCGGGUAAGAGCGGCGCGCUGGCGUUCUUUGGGGAGGACGGGGUGGUGGAGGACAUGGACGGGUACCUCGACUAUCUGUCCCUCGAGUACGACUCCGUCUGGGACACCAAGCCUGUUUGGUGUCAACCUUGGACAAUCUUGCUUUCUGGAACUGUCGCGGUUGCUUGUAGUUGGGUGCUACUCCAAUCCAUUGUGAUUACUGCAGGAGUUUCUUUUGCAAUAUGUGCAUGGUGGUACAUAUUUCUCUACUCAUACCCUAAGGCAUACACCGAGAUGAUAGCAGAGAGAAGAAGAAAGGUAGCCAAUGGCGCUGAAGAUACCUACGGAAUGGAGAAAAUCCAGUGAGGAAUUUCCAGCAGUGCUGCUGCAGACCUGUCUUGUUGCUUGUAUUGCUUGCUGAGAAUGAUAGUUAGAAAAUGAUUGUGCAGGCCCUAGCACAUAGCACCAUUGAUCUGUAGAACGUAUUUGUUCUGCUUUGUCUGUUCAAACCUUCAGCUUUA